UGUCUUAAAUACAGAAAUUCUUUUGGUCUAGGAACAAUGAAAGAAUAGACAUUCGUUUGACCUCAAAUAAAUGCUUUGUCAAUUUUGCAGCACCUCCAGCAACAAAAUUGGUGUGCCACAGUUAACUUUUAAAAUAUAAAGUUUUAUAUUUAUAUUUAUAAUUUUUGUGUAAGUGUAUGCACAAUAUUAAUUGCAAUAAAAUAGGAACUUUCUUGACUGAAGGUUGUAAACUGUUAGCAUCCAUGGUGCCCCAACACAAAAAAACGUGUUUUCAUUGUAUUUUCCAGUUACCUUAAUCGAUUUUUUGAAAUGUGUAAAUAAACAAAGUAUAAAAUUAUUUAUGUAUUUUAAUUUAUCCUUAUUUGUAUUUCAGAUAAAUUGUUUCAUAAUUUAUGUUGGUAUCAUCGCAAUCCCCUUUUUGUACACAUGCCGGCGCUAUAAUCCCUAAACUGAACAAAAUCGACAACAAGCUCUGCAGCGCAUCCUCUGGUAGAUAAGUGUCAGUGCACAAGGUACUGUGGUUGCCAUGGUAAGGCGUCAUCGACUAGACUUUUGUAAACCCUAUUAAGGCGUGGACUAAAAAGCAAAACAAGAGAUCGUGCCUCAGGUGCAGAGAAAGAUAGUGGGAACCAGGAUCCUGGAGACAACCAAGAAAAAAAUCACAACAAAAGCGACAGGAACACAGUCAUGGCUCAUUUACAGUUUCUGACACGGCUCUCCACAUCCUUCUCAUCUGCCUUUGAUUGCUAAGCUGUCAUACACAUCAAAGGCGAUAGCUUGAAUAAUAACAGCAACUCCUCUCAAAGUGACAACAUGGAUUCUGAUCAUGCUACAGAUCAUGACAAAGACAGCCAGAAUGGUAGUCGACGAUCUUCCCGCAGCAGAAAGGCAGAUCCUCGAUUGUCGUCCUCCCGCAAACACAAGAGAAACUUUUCAGAAAAGAUCCAAGAUGAAGAAGAAAAGGGCAACUGUGAAGAGAGAAGAUCGAAAACAAGGAACUGGAAUUCAGAUCCUGACAAGGACCAAAUAUCAGAUGAAGAGGGUCGCAGAGGCAGUGGCUCUUAUUACUCAGAUGACUAUGAGAAUGGCUCUCAUUCAGACCGUUCACUGUCACCAUACACACGAUCUAGGACGACAUCACCCACUCCAAAAAAGGGGAUUCGGCCAAAGACUAGUUCAGCCAGCCCACCCUCCAAGACAGCAAUCAACACAGGUUUUCUUGCCACAGGUGGUAUGGGGCACAAGGGUAUGAUCCGUCCCAUGUGUCGCGGUGGCCGAUCCUUGACCCAGCAGCAACGCAAAGGAGCGAGGUCACAAAGUAAGGAUUCCACACCUCCUAGAGACUUGGAUCUAGUGACUAAGAGGAUGCUUUCAGGCCGCCUGCUCAAGAUCAAUGAGCUGCGUAACGCCCUGGCUGAGCUGCAGCACCGCACUGACGAACUGCAGAAAGAGAAUCGAACCCUCAAACAUCUUCAAUUCCGUCAGGAGAAGGCCCUGCAGCGAUAUGAUGACACUGAAAGCGAGAUUUCCCAGCUGCUGACUCGACAUUCAAGCGAGACCCACGUGCUGCGUGAGCGGCUCAGGCGGACGCAGGAUCGUGAACGGGCAACCGAGAGGAGGCUGAAGUACAGCGAGGAGCAGCUGCAAAGAAGUCAGGCCACAGUCAUGCGUCUAAAGAAACUGGUCAACCAGCGGGAGUUAGGAGCCAAGGAGGAGCUGAGUCGCAGGCUCGAGGAGGAGCAGGCACGAGCUGAAGAGGCAGAACACAAAGUUAAAGAGCUGGAGCAUAGCAUACAGCUGAGCAACAACAGCUUCCAGAGGUACCUGGCUGCAGAGAAGAAGAAGACGGUCAAUGCCCAGGAGGAGAUCAAGACCCUGAAGGAGCAGCUGGAACGAUUAAACAAUAAAAUUAAAGAAAAAGAAAAAGAACUGGAGGCAAAGAACAUUUAUGCCAACCGCUUGUUGAAACCUCCACUGAAAAAAGAUACUGACGGCAUCGUGAAGCAAAAAGAAAAACUUCCAAGCAAGAACUGCAGCAAGGCUAUACAGACUGACGACAGAUCCUCUAGUCUGGGUUUUCCCACGCCUCCACCUGCCCUCGCUGAUGCCCCUGACUACCAUGAACAGAGGCCUGAUGAAUACCUGUCACUUAAGGAGCUUGACGGAGUGAACAGACCGGCAGAGUCUAAAGUUGGACAUCAAAAUGGGGAACAUCAAAAGAUGAGGAAAAGGAGUGUCGACACUCAUGAAGAGAAGAUGAGCAGUCAGAGAGAACUCUGGGAGAAAGAUACUGCAAUUUCAGAGGAAACACAUCAUAAGAAAGAGCAGCUGCUGGCCAAGAUGCACGAAAUAGAUCGUCAAAGCCAGGGAGGCCAGGACUCAGUGUUCACAGAGUCUUCUGACUCUUCCAAAAGCACCAGUGAACAUUCCUCACCCCGUCCACAGCAGCAGAAGAACCAGCACUCCUCGAUUUUCACUCUCACAUCAGCAGAGGAGUCCACCAACCUGGUCCCCGGUGAUGGAAGUGCUGAGCGUGGAAGGAAGAGAUCAGGAAUGGGCAGGAAAACACUCGGUACACUUUCCAAUGAAGAUUUGGCAUUUGGAAGCUACGCACCUUCUUUUGGAAAUUCAUCGCCCAGAGGUUCUUCUGAUUUGCCUCCACCGCCUCACAAGGAGGAGCGGAAUUCUGCCUUAGAAGCAAUUGGUGUGUUCAGCAUCCGGGGAGUGGAGACAGAAAAAGAAAUUUACAUGAAAAAGGAAAUGGCCAAGGACAAGAAGUCGAACCUCAUUCACCAACUGUUUGGUGCGGUGGCUACACCUGCUGGUGACAAUUCAAGCACGUGCAAUAAACUGGAGCUUCUCAGCAGUCCUUCACCUGCCAACAAUGUCCGUUCAAGAGGAGACGGUCUGAUGAGCUUCAACGCUGCUCCCAGCCCUCCUCCAUCCUCUCUGAACAUCCUCCAUGUGGCAGAGAGCAGAACAGCUGUCCGUGCCAUCCCCUCGUUUGACGAUGAAAUAGAGGAGCUGAGGUUAUGAAAGUAAAAUUAGUUAUAAGGGUUAAAGUAAGCAACACGGUUGUUUCAUACAAAAGAGACACAGGAAGGUAAUUCACAGGGAAUACACAGCAUGGUCUGCACCUUAAUUGUGUCAACAGACGGUCCAAAUGAACAUGGUGUUAAGCAAAAUGUUUACGGGUCUCAGUUUAGAUUUUCUCCUUUUUGUAAUAAUUGUAAUCAUAUUGUUUGUGUUAUGUAUAAAACUAUCAUCUGAUCUCUAUUAUCAGCAGCCAAACCUUAGUAUUUAUCCCAGACAACAAUUAGCAAAUUAUGUACUUUUGCAGUUGUUUACAAACUUUUUCUCACAGCGCCCCCUUUUGUAGAUAGGACUAUUUGUCCAGAUUGCCCCUCCUGCGAGGUAUUGUGUUAAAACUCUACUGAACUUUAUUUAAACACAGUAAUCCCUACACAUCCUUUGAUCAAAAUAAAUAAAAUUACUAAAAGAAACCAUUGAAAUGAAUGCCCCUUGCUCUGGCCCCCUAUAAUAGAUCUGUGCCCACUCAGAGGGGCCAGACCCCUUUUUGUGAACAACUGUAUUUAUGCUUUAUGGCAUUUAUGCAAUAUUACAAAUUACUGCAGCACUAUUACAUUUUUUUUUGCCAUUUUAUUUAUUAUAUUGACAUGACCUAGAUGUUAAAUUAUCUCAAAUAACAACAUAUUGAUGAGCUCAGUUCUCUGUAUUUAGGCGUUUAUGUUUAAAACUGUCAUUUGUAUUUAAAGAAUCAGCAUCAACGAUAUUGAUUUUAUUGCCCACUAAAAGAAUACACAAUGUUCCCUGAAGUAUUUCAGGGCCCUUAUCUCCUGCACUGAUACAGUAUGUUACUUUAAUGCCAGACAAUCAACACAGAGAUAUUACCACUAGUUGCUAUGCUACUUGUGAAGCCCAAAGCAUUGAAAUAAAUAGACUAAAAUCUCCCAAGUUGAUCUGUGUCUAUUUAGUCUGUAUUUAGCCUGUAAUAUUAGUGAUGCUUUUGUUUUCAUAGAGCGGGUUGUACCACACUUGUGCAGUAGGCCGUAAAAUUAGUAUUUGUAUAUAUUUUUUUAGAUAUCUGUUUUGUGUAGUUUUGUAUUUAUUUGUUUUUGUCAUGAAAUAUGUGUAUAUUAUAUAGUAAUUUUCUUAUGAGAAAUAUGUACUCAAUAAAAUCAAUGUGUUA